AUGCGAUCUGGCCUGAGCCGCUUCUGCGAUCACUGCCGUCGGACGCUCGGCAGACGAUCAAAGUCCACAGCGAUCAAGCGGCUGCUCGACUCGCCCCAAUCCUCAGCCACAGUCACGGCAUGGGUGAGAUCGGUCCGCAAGCAGAAGCGAGUCGCAUUUGCAGAGCUCAACGAUGGUUCCAGCUCGACGAACUUGCAGGCAGUCUUGACGCCCGAGCAUGCCGUACAGCUCAACACUGGCACCUCCAUCACUGCGAGCGGUAGUCUCGUCAGGAGCCAAGGGACCGGUCAAUCGGUCGAGCUUCAGGUCGACGAUCUCAUCGUGCUCGGGCAUUGCGAUCUCGAUGAGUAUCCUAUUCAGAAGAAGGACACAUCGAUGGCCUUUCUGCGCAAGAUACCUCACCUCAGACCGCGUACAGCUACGUUCGCAGACGUGCUUCGAGCCAGACACAGGCUUGUGCAACGCGCACAUACCUUCCUGGAAGAGCAGGAUUACCUCCACGUACACCCUCCCGUCAUCACCUCUAGCGAUUGUGAAGGCGCAGGCCAGGUGUUCUCUGUCUCCGAACCAAGCAAGUCCACCCCGACGGAUGUCAUCGGCAGCGGACCGCCGUCAAACUUCUUUGGCCGACCAGGCUUCUUAUCAGUGUCGACACAGCUGCAUCUGGAAGCGCUCGCCGCGUCGCUCGGUCGUGUAUGGACACUCGCGCCUACUUUCCGCGCAGAGCGCUCAGACACAAGUAGACAUCUCGCCGAGUUCUGGAUGCUCGAGGCAGAGUCUGUGUGUGACUCUUUGCAAGGCCUGAUGGACGACGUCGAGCAGCUCAUACUCGCAAUGGUCUCAGCAGUACCCGACCUGCCACUCAGCCCCGCCCUCCUCGCAAAGCCGGCACGAUGGCCUAGAAUCACCUAUGCGCGCGCUAUCGAGCUUCUCGUCGCUGAACAGGACCAGAAGCAGACCUUUUCGACAUCAGUUAAAUUUGGCUCAGAUCUGAGCUCGGAACAUGAGAAGUGGCUGGCAGAGGUGCACGCUCGAAGUCCGAUAUUCGUUCAUGACUACCCGGCCGAGCUCAAACCAUUCUACAUGAAGAGACUCGAAGCAGCUCAGACAGCCGAAUGCUUCGAUCUGCUCGUCCCACACAUAGGCGAGCUUGCGGGUGGUUCUCUCCGCGAAGACGAUCUUGGCCGACUGCAGCUGCGGAUGGAGCAAGACGGCAUGAAUCUAGAUGCAUAUGCUUGGUACCUCGAUCUCAGACGGUAUGGUUCGACACCACAUGGCGGCUUCGGGCUCGGCUUCGAUCGCCUCAUUGCCUGGCUCACGGAUACAGCAAAUCUGAGAGAUGUUGUUGCGUUUCCCAGAAGUCUGGAAGCCAGUCGAUGCUGA